GGGACGGCCAGGACUUGUGCUUUAACUUUAGUUGCGAGUCACUACCCAUUGGGUAGUGAUGUACCCCUCUGUUUAUGGCUUGAAUCCGGCCCAGAGAGAGGAGUGGUUGCCCAGUGGAAUCGAACGGGGCAGGUUCUGCAGCAGUGCAGUGGCCUCUUUGGAUUAAACUUCAUGGAUCCGGAGGUGUUUGCCAGGGUCUGCGUAAAUGUUGCACUAAAGAGAUUCAUAAGUGUUGCAGAGAAGUGACCACUGGAAUGUUCCAGAGCUGAAUGAUGGCUACUAAUAAUAGUACUGGCAUACUGACUUCUGCUUACCUGGCUGUAGAAUAUGUGGACUCUUUCUUGCCCCAGAAUCCGCUGCAGCAGCCAUUUAAAAAUGCUUGGAUCUCUAUGCUGAAUAACUACACUAAGUUCCAGAUUGCAACCUGGGGGUCACUUCUCGUGCAUGAACUAGCAUAUUUCUUAAUAUGCUUGCCUGGAUUUGUAUUUCAGUUUAUACCUUACAUGCAAAAAUAUAAAAUACAAAAGGAUAGACCAGAAACAUGGGAAAUGCAAUGGAAGUGUUUCAGAAAACUUAUGUUCAAUCACUUCUGCAUUCAGCUGCCUUUGAUAUGUGGUACUUACUAUUUCACAGAAUAUUUCAACAUUCCUUAUGACUGGGAACACAUGCCAAGAUGGUUUGUGAUACUUGCCCAAUGUUAUGGGUGUGCUGUGAUUGAGGACACCUGGCAUUAUUUCCUGCAUAGACUUCUGCAUCACAAGAGGGUAUACAAGUACAUCCACAAAGUACAUCAUGAAUUUGUGGCUCCGUUUGGGAUGCAAGCAGAGUAUGCUCAUCCUCUGGAAACACUUAUACUUGGGGCUGGAUUUUUUAUUGGAAUAGCACUCUUCUGUAAUCACCUGAUUCUUUUGUGGGCAUGGGUAAUUUGUCGCUUGCUGGAGACCAUUGACGUCCACAGCGGCUAUGAUAUGCCUCUGAAUCCUUUGCACUUGUUGCCUUUCUACGGCGGGGCUCGCUUUCAUGACUUCCAUCACAUGAACUUUGUUGGCAACUAUUCUUCAACCUUCACAUGGUGGGAUAAAAUCUUUGGUACAGACUCUCAGUUCCAAUCUUACGUGGAAAAAGUGAACAAACAGAAGCAAGUGAUGGAAAAGAAGACCAAGUAAAUUGUACUCCUGCGAAGGAGAAUGGGUAUUCAACAAACACAAAUGGCUGCCUUCUAAACUUUUAAUUAAAACUGGAAAGUACAACACAUGCUGCAAUACUAGAGCAAAAUCUGAUUUAACGGAAGCCCAAGAGCAAGUGUGCUGGCCCUUUGUCAUGUAGAAGAAAAAACUUAACUGCUGUAACAUCCUAAUGGGAAUACAUUCCUUUUGAAUAAAAAAAAAUAAAAAAUGUAUCUUUACCUUUGGACUGAACUAUUACACACCUCUGGGGUACAAAUAUUAAAUUUUGCAGAACUUGUAAAGUGCAGCCAUGAAAAUUGUGAUUUUACCAGUUUUCUAAACCGUACAAUGUUAAGGAGGACUUUCGUGGGAGCAAAUAUACUCCCACAGCUUUUUGACAAACAAUUUGCACAUUUUAAUAGUUCUUAAUUCUAAACCUUGUACGGUCUAGAGUUAUUAAAUUGUUUUAGAUUUGAAAAAGCACCUUUUUUCCUGUUUGGAAAGAGUUGUUUUAUUUUAUUUUACAGAAUCUAUUCUGUCAGUGUGCUUGCAUAUCAUAACAAUUUGUAAACUACUGAAUAGUGGGUAUAUUUUACAUUUAUGGUUUGCAAAAUAAUACAGAGUUGAUCUCAUUUUUGCUCCUGUUUGCUGUGGAACAAAUUAAACCAUAUUGGCUUUCAGACUGUU